UAAUCCAAUAUAAUAGAUUCAAUAAUCCAAAACUAGCAGGAAAUAAAACUCUUGCCAUCCGAUCUAUCAUGGACACACUAUUUACUUGGCGAAUGGUUCCGUUAGCUAAAAUAUAAAAUGAGAAUGCCGACUAAAGGACUUAUCAGUACAACAAGUAAAUUUGUUGAAGACACUGCGGCUAUUAUAUCUUUGCGAGUAUCGGCUAUCCAAUACGAAUUGUUGUUUUAUGAUGAUAACACACUACUUGGAGACAGAUAAUAUUUCUACGCCACAACUUGAAAUUACAGUUACGGCAAGUGGGCGACACUUAUGAUGGCUGAAAACGAUCCUCUUUUAAAUGCAAUUUCUGGUGACCCUUAUAGGACUAUUGAAAGAAAUGGAAAUAAUGCCGAAGGCGAAACGGAAACUUAUAUAAGCUACGUUGGAAAACUAUCACUUAAUAUAAUAUUACACACGUUAAUAUUAGGUUUCACAGUUUUUAUUAUAAGUUUAGGAUUCGCUGAUCCUCUCAGAUUAUUUACGUUUCAUCCUAUCUGCAUGACGACAGGGUUUUUCUUCUUCACAACGAAUGCAAUUUUUACGCAGUCCAAGUAUAAUAUCGUUAGUUUCCGAUUUCAUCAUCAAAAUCGUAUAACUUUACAUUGGGUGCUUCAAGGAGCUUCUGUAAUACUGAUGACUAUUGGAUUUAUUCUUGUAAUACUGACUGUUAAUCAGCAAGGAGCGCCGCAUUUUUUUACGAACCACAGUAUAGUUGGCCUAACUGCCUACAUUUUAAUGUGCGUUUCUUCCCUCGGAGGCGUAGCAACUUUGUACAAACACCGAUUUCGAGAAUGGUUCACAGCCCGUGCUUUUAAAAUUGCCCAUUCUUCAUUUGGAAUAAUUACGUACACCAUGGGAACAGCAGCUUUAUGUUUAGCUUUAUUUACACAUUAUUUUGAAAAGUACAACGGAUCAGGAAGUGUAGGAACUUGCCUUAUUGUGAUAUUAUCGGUCUGGGCUUACGCGAUGUUUAGACCGCUUAGUAACCUCAAAUCCAGAUUAGGAUUUUAG